CCCGGGCUCCCAGUUCCUCCAACGCUGCUCUGCAUUAACCCAGCUUCAUUUGGCUUUUUCAGACCUAAACUAGUUUUGACACUUUGACAGGAAACUUUUAUUAAUUUUUUUUUUUUUUUUUCACGAACCACCCACUCCAUCAUUUUAUCCAUUUCUCCCUUUGCCGCGGGUUCGGAUUUGUUUCUGCAGAGGUUGUUUUGAAGACUCCCCCCCACCCCCGCUAACUGCACGAGUACCCUGAAAUACCCGAAACUUUUGUUUUUCAGUCAGUCUGAGUGAGAGAAAGCAUCUCUCCAGCUGGCAUUUGGACCGGGAUGAUUGUAAACUGAGCUCCAAAAAAAAAAGAGACGCGGAAGCAUCGCCUGCAUCCUUUCUUUUGUCUUCGUUGCAUCUCUGCCUCUUCAAUUAUAUAACUGUCUCUGGGAUGUAAGAAGACGCUGAAGCAUUGUGGUUUCUUUUCAUCCACAAAGGAAUUAACUUUUUUUUUCUUCUCCCCGAGGAACUAUGGCGAGAUUUUUGUUGAACAUGCGUCUUGUUCUGGUUUUAUUCGGAUUAUUUUUGCUUUCUUCUCCAUCCGCCAGAGCCGAGCCGGAGCUGCAAGACGAGGAGGAGGAGGAGGAGGAGAGCUCCUGUCAGGGCGCUUUUGACCUGUACUUUGUGCUUGAUAAGUCUGGCAGUGUGAAGAAUCACUGGGAUGAAAUCACCUACUUCGUGGAGAAUUUAGCUGAGAAAUUCAAAAGUCCCAUGCUGAGGAUGUCCUUCAUAACAUUCUCCUCCAGAGCAUCCACCAUCAUGAAACUGACGGAAAACAGAGUGGACAUCAGAAAGGGACUGAACGCUCUGAAAAAGGAGAUUCCCGGUGGAGACACAUUCAUGCACCUUGGACUGCAGAGGGCAAAUGAGCAGAUACACCAGGAGAACUUUGGCACGGCCAGCGUGAUUAUUGCACUGACAGACGGAGAGCUGCAGGAACAUCAGCUCAUCACUGCACAGCAAGAGGCGGAGAGAGCUAGGUCUCUUGGAGCUAUUGUGUACUGCGUUGGUGUGAAAGACUUCAAUGAGACACAGCUCGCCACCAUUGCAGACACCAUCGAGCAUGUGUUUCCUGUGUUGGGCGGCUUCCAUGCCCUCCGGGGAGUCAUUGAUUCGAUCAUCAAGAAAUCCUGCAUUGAGAUUUUGGCAGCUGAGCCCUCCAGUGUGUGUGCAGGAGAGUCUUUCCAAGUGGUGGUGAAAGGAAACGGUUUUCUCCAUGCCAGGAACAUCGAACAGGUGCUCUGCAGCUUCAAAAUCAACGAUACCAUAACAGUCAAUGAAAAGCCGGCUGGUGUAGAAAACACGUUCUUACUGUGUCCAGCUCCUGUCAUCGAUGAAGUUGGGAAGGUGAUUUAUCUCCAAGUGAGCAUGAACGACGGCCUGUCCUUCAUCAGCAGCAACGUGCACAUCACCACCACAGAGUGUUUUGAUGGCACCAUUCUCCUGAUCACUCUGCUGGUGUUGUUCCUCCUGCUGGCCCUGCUCUUCAUGUGGUGGUUCUGGCCUCUGUGCUGCACUGUGGUGAUCAAAGAACCACCUCCUCCACCUCCUCCUGAGCCUGAGUCAGAUGAUGAAGACGGCCUGCCCAAGAAGAAGUGGCCCACUGUGGAUGCCUCAUAUUACGGAGGAAGAGGAAUCGGUGGGAUCAAGAGGAUGGAGGUGCGCUGGGGAGGGAAGGGCUCGACUGAGGAGGGGGCUAAGCUGGAGAAGCCGAAGAAUGCUGUGGUGAAAAUGCCGGAGCAGGAGUACGAGCCUUUCGAGCCCAAACCUAAGAAAGCUCACAACAAGAAGGCUCCUCAGAACCGGAAGUGGUACACGCCCAUCCGGGGUAAACUGGAUGCUAUCUGGGCUCUGUUUCGCCGCGGGUACGACCAGGUCUCCCUGAUGAGACCCCAGCCCGGGGAUCAUGGUCGAUGCAUCAACUUCACCAGAGUGAAAGAGGAGUCGGCGGCAGCCAAGGCCCAAGCUCGCACCCCGAUCCACACACCCUCGCCUCCGCCACCGGACUACCGCCCUGUGACCCGCACCGCCUCCUCGUCGCCCACCUCGAGCAGCCCUCCUGCCAAACCACCCCCGUCAGGCCAGGUACCCCCAGGACCGCCACCUGCCCGCACACCCCCGGGGCUUCCCUGUCCACCGCCAUCGCGUCCCCCGCCCAGCCUUCGACCCUGAAUCACACAGACAAACCCCUCCCGCCCCCCAACGCACCCGCUUUGAUAUCACAGACUUACCGCUCUGUUGACUAGUUCUUUCACUUUGAAGGUCGUGGUCCUCGCUGCCAAAGAUACUCCUGCCAUAAGCCAGAGAUCAGCAGUAUUUUGAAUCCCAGUCGUCCUGUGCUUCUCUUGUAUCGGAAAGAGUGUCAAGUCAAGUUUAAGUCAUUUCAAACAUGCUACCAGCUAGCAUGAUAAAUUGUGUAAUAAAAUGUAGGAAUACCAGGGAAACGCAUUAUGAAAGCUGAAGUUUGACCAACCUCAAUGUCCUCUGCGUCAUUGUUUAUGUGCAAAGUGAAGACCGGGCCCGCCAAAAAUUGGAAAAGGUAAUUUUCUACAGAGUAUGAGUAUUUGCUAAUGAGCAAGAAAAAUGAUUUUAACCAGCAGUUUGACUUGACAGUCUGUCGCAUACUGAAUGAAUGGGGCGAUUUUGGGGAAAUAUUUUACUUAGUGUUGGCGCGUGUGAGAUCAGGGAGGAUUGUUGCUGGACAGCAAAGCAUGUAGGGACAGAAAGUCCACAAAAGAAUACUGCAAUGGAUUAAAUUUCUUUGUUGUCUUUAUCAACUACUGAGUUAGGCCAUUGUCGUCAAGAGUUAAGGUGAAAAGUAGGUUGUACAUGAAAAUCUCAGUUUGAAUGGAUUGGUUUAUUCCUCCAUUGCUGUGAUGGUGAAUCAAUCAUUAGAUUUCAAAACAAUUUAAAUUGGUCAGAUGGUUAAUGGUGUUCAGCAACUAAGAUAAAAUAUAUCUGAUUUGGUUUUUUUGGUUUUUUACAUUUUUACAUUUUACUCAGUGCCAAAGUGAUUCCUUCUUCACCUUUUUGUGAUGUUUUUUUUUAUCCAACAACAUGCUAAUACAACAAAUUCCAGCCCUUUAACACAGAAAUUAUGUUCAAUCAUUAAAUGAUUUUGUGAUCCAGUUUUCGUACCAAUCUGUGACAGGAAAGUGUACAGAUGUUAUGUGGAAGGUAUGUUUUUACAAUAUGUGUUUGAGAUGCGUUCUUUGAAUGUUACAUUGGUUGAUAUCUUUGAGGCUUUGGAUUUUGUCCUUAACCACCUUUUCAUGUAGUUGAGUUUAGAAUACAUCAAUAUAUAUAUUUUGUUUCAUUAGUUUUUUUUAUUUUUUUUUGUAUCUGCGCACAUAGACUGUUGGGCAACUACAGUAUGUAUUUGUUUUUGUUAGCAUUCGGACAUGGAAACGUAUGAAAUCGAGCAACCAUAAAUCAGGUUAUCGUCUCUUCUCACAUUUUUUAUACACAAUCCUGAUACUGUACUUUGAUACCAAUAUGUGUUUUUUUUUUUUUUAAUGUCUUCAGUUUUAUCACCACCGGUCACAUUGCAACUGCAGGGCAGUUCAAAGAGCAUCUAAUUUAUUUUACUCCCCGAGAGAAAUAGAGGAGAGUACUUGAAUAUCGACAAGGUGUCCAACCACCAAGACGGACACUGUGCGCAGAAUUUAGAAACACAACAGCUAGCCAGUUAAAAGUUGUAUAAGGCUUACCAGCGUUUCUCAGCCCCUCAGCUGAAACAUUAGAAGGUGAAAAGGAUCCAGCUACCCAGCGCCAUUUUAUGCUCGGUACGUUUAAAAAUAAAAAUUUAAAAUUGCUCCUGGCUAGCAGGUGAAACGACACCGCUAGUGACCUGUACAUAUAAGCAGUGACUACAUGCUGAAUUGGGAAGGAAAUUGGGAACAUGCCCCCCCCCCCCAAAAAAAAAGAAAUGAAGAAGAAAUAACAGAACUAUGAUAUUUUAACUUCAGGGUGCAGAAAAAGGGUUGAAAAAUGCUGGUAUUCCUUUUAUAUCCAGUGCCUUCUGGAAUUUUAUUCUUGUUUGAUUUUUUUAUACUUUCAUUUUAAUGUACAUCAUUCAGUUAUGUUGUGUACCGUUGUGUUAAUACAUACAAUGAUAAUUGUCUCAGUGCCUUAAAGCUGAGCUAAAAGAAAGGUGCAUACGUUGUGUCCAACCAUCCACAUUUUUAUUUCACUUUAUAUUUCACUGAAAAUGCCUUUUAAUUGGACUAAUGUAUGCCAGAUCUCAUUUAUGUGGCAUCACUUACUAUCACAAGUUAAAACACAUUCUACCUUUCACACUGAUUUUUUCUUUAUUGAGGCAACAUACUUGUUUGUUAAGCAAUGAGAGCACCAGGAAUUAGAUUUUUCCUUAAAAAAAGUCAACUGUUUACAGAUUCCCAAACCCAGCACCACAGUUAUAUUGUAUUACAUUGUAAUGUGCUGCACCUUGGUUUGAUUCCCUCCUUUUGCUCAUCUCAUGUUGCUGAGAGAAUAAAGUUCUCUAAGAAAUUAAACCAAAGCAGAUUUCAUCACCUCAGCUGAGAUAGAGGGGAUGUGUUUAAAAUUUGUUACAUGCACAUCAUUCCACAGUUGAUCUGAAAGCUUGGAUAGAAACACAAAGUGUUAUUGCUUUGGACUCAGCAGUGUGCAUUUCCUUGUUUUAUCUCUCUGCUCUGAUCAGAACAUACAGAUGUUCCACUUUUUACUGCAAACAAUUUGCUGAACAAAGGUUUCAAAGGAUUAAUGUUUGAGAGACUUAAGAGGUUUUGAUUGUUGCAAUGUGCUAAUUCGGGUCACCUCUGUAACACCGAAGAAAGGAUUUCAGAAUAAAAGCAGCAUUGAUGCAGGAUCAGUGUUCGAAGGGCAUCCUCCGCAGUGGCUGUCAGAGCUCAGUGUCGUUCCUAAUCGAGAUGAGAUACAUUAUGUUAAUCAGUGUUUCUUACACGCACAUUACAUUACAAGCAAAUAUGAAAGACCUAUAUGAUUUUCUCUUGUUGAUUGACAUGACUUUUUUUAAACAGUAUCAAUAAAGGUUGACUUCCAAGCUUCUA